AUGCUGCUCCGGGUGUGCGAGCGCGUGGCCAUCGUCGUCUCCUCCGCCGAGGCCGCGAGGGCGAUCUACAAGGGCAACGAGGCCGCCUUCUCGGAGCGGCUAAGCAGCCCGAGCAUCGACGAGCUCUCCAGGCAGCAUGGCCAGGGGAUCGUCUUCGCGCCCUACGGCGACCACUGGCGCCUGCUCCGCCGGAUCCUCAUGACAGAGCUGCUCAGCGCGCGGCGCGUUGAGGCGUUCCGGCAGAUCCGCGCGGAGGAGGCGGCUCGCCUAGUCUCGUCGCUUCACGCGACGUCCGAUGGCCGGCUCGUGAACAUGGACGAGCCCGAGCGGCUCGACGAGUUCAUGACAGACUCGGCCGUGCGCGGCAUCUUCGGGGACAGGCUGCCCGAUAGAGCCGCGUUCCUGAAGAUCGUCAAGCAAGGAGUGGGCCUGUCAUCGCUCUUCGACCUCCGGGACCUCUUCCCAUCGUCGCGGCUAGUUCGGCUUCUGCCGCGCAGCAGUAGGGCGGAGCGGCAGCGUCAAGAAAUGUUCAGGCUCAUGGACAACAUCCUUAAGACCCACGAGGAGAGGAGGAUGGGUAGAGAUGGAGACGACGAACAGGACAUGGUCGAUGUGUUGUUGAGGAUCCAGAAAGAAGGCAACAUGCGAGUUUCCCUAACCGACGGAGUCAUAAGGGCACUGCUCAUAGUAAGCUCUAUCGAUCUUAAAACCAAAGUUUCAAAUAACGGGCUAUGA